CGCCGGGAGUCCGCGCGCGGAACGCUGGGUCUCGCGAGACUUUGAGCUAUAUAAAGGGACGCGGGCUGUUACAGCCCCUUUCCGCGCCCUGGAGCCGCCAUGGACACCAGUCGCGUGCAGCCCAUCAAGCUGGCCAGGGUCACCAAGGUGCUGGGCCGGACCGGCUCUCAGGGGCAGUGCACUCAGGUGCGUGUGGAGUUCAUGGACGACACGAGCCGCUCCAUCAUCCGCAACGUGAAGGGGCCGGUGCGCGAGGGCGACGUUCUCACCCUGCUGGAGUCGGAGCGCGAGGCCCGGCGGCUGCGCUGAGCUGGACCCGGCCCCCCUGCUGCCGAUCGUCCGUCGGGGAUGGAGCCUGGCGCAGCUCGUUCGGCCUUGGGGCGAGCGUGGGGAGGAGCGUGACGGCCGGGUCACUGCAAUAAAGGGUUUUUCCAGUA